UCGCGAUGACGUCAGAACCAUUGACGCAUGCGCAACUGACUGUUGUCCGCCACCGUGUGUUCUCCAGGAGCGACGGCCCCGUGCAGUCUGCGCGCGACAGAACCAGGUCUAGGACCGCUGGCAGGUGGACAGAACCGGCUGUGGCUCUGAGAUGCCAAGCUGUGGUCCAUGGGGGUGAGCCGGCUGGAUGUCUUUUACCGAAGACUCCUCCUUACAAAACUCUUCAUUGGGGGAUGGGGAAAGCCAGAAGAUCUGAAGAGAAUCUUUGAGUUUCGGAAGAUCGUUGGAGACCGGGAGAAGUGUAAGGCUCUGGUUUCGGAAGAUUAUCCAGUUUACAUUGACAAGACUGAAGAACAGGCUGACUGUCACAUCCACGAUGGUUUCUUCAUCUCUCCGCUGGAGCACUUGGUGCCAGGAAUCCUGCCCCCAGAGGCCGUUAAAGCCCGGUUCCAGUUCAUCGUUCCUAAGGUGUGGAAAAAGAACCGACCUGUUUGCAUCCAGCUGGCUGGAACUGGAGAUCAUUUCUUCUGGCGACGGCGGACUCUGAUGGCCCGGCCCAUGAUCAAAGAGGCAGGGAUGGCGUCACUUCUUCUGGAAAAUCCAUAUUAUGGCUAUCGAAAACCCAAAGACCAGCUACGAUCUAGCCUGAAGAAUGUGUCAGACCUGUUUGUGAUGGGCGGGGCUCUCAUCCUGGAGUCGACAGCACUCCUCCGCUGGCUGGAGAGAGAAGGAUAUUGGCCUCUGGGAAUGACUGGCAUCUCGAUGGGGGGAUAUAUGGCAUCUCUGGCUGUAACCAACUGGCCCAAACCCAUCCCCCUGGUUCCCUGUUUGUCCUGGUCCACUGCCUCCAGUGUGUUCACUACGGGAGUGCUGAGUAAAGCGGUGAACUGGUCUCAGCUGGAGAAGCAAUACGCAGUGAAUUCUGUGUACGAGAAGGAGAUCAUACAGCUGCUGGAGUACUGCGGGGCUGAUUCCUUCAAAAUGGGGCCUGAACUUUGGAGAAGAUCAGGUACCUUGGACCUUGUGAACCUCCCUAAAGGCUUUAGUAUGAUGUCCGACCAGACCUUUAUUGCUGGCAGGACUACUGGAGUCAGUGGGGCUCAUAAUAGGCACCAGGCAGCAGACAGAGGAGGACAUAUUGUGUCAGCUGUGGGCUGCAGAGGAACCAGCUCUGACCUGCCAUCAAGUUCUCUCAAAGGAGAAAAGACGGAGUCGACCCGGUUCUGUCGGCCGUCCCUACACGUGGAGUCCAUCAGUUUUAUGAAGGGAGUGAUGGACGAGUGCACUCACAUGGCCAACUUUUCUGUCCCUGUAGACACCAGCCUCAUCAUUGUGGUCCAAGCCAAAGAAGAUGCCUACGUUCCUCGAGCCGGCGUGCUCAGCCUGCAGGAGAUCUGGCCGGGCUGUGAAGUCCGAUAUCUGAGCGGAGGGCACAUCAGUGCUUACCUGUUUAAGCAGAAUGUCUUCAGGCGGGCCAUCUAUGACGCUUUCGACAGGUUCUGCCUGAAGUAUCCCAGUCUGCAGUAGUCCUGGAUCCUUAAGAUUUCCAUGAGUUCUCACAGGAGGGAUUUCAGAGCAGCGUUAUAGACUGAUGAGGAGAAUGACUGAAGACUGAUGAUCUGAUAAAGUUUUUAACUAUUUGUACUCUAAUAAACCCACAGACUGAUCACUA